UGCUCGCCUGCGGUUGACUCAGCUCUAGGCCACCAGCACCUUGCUGAGGGUGGGGACCGAGGACCACCCACCGCCACGAGGGUCCCCGUGGGGUGCUGGGAGGGGUGACACGAGCCACCGUGACCCCCCACGCACAGUCCUGGGCAGAGGGUCAGGAUGAUUCUCACCCCAAAGCGGCCCUGCCAUCCUUCUCAGGAUGCUGGCAUCACUGGUGCAUGCCCGGCACGCUGAGCACCCCCCGCCGCAGCCCCCCGCUUCUCGGCACCCACCUAGGCCAGCACCUCGGGGUGCCCCCGCCGUGCCCCCCCAUCCCGCCAUGGCGCUGGAGGUGGGGGCCGAGGCGCUGCUGGACCUGAGCUUCCUGACGGAGGAGGAGCAGCGUGCCAUCACCGAGGUCCUGCGCCGCGACUGGCAGCUCCGCCGGCACGAGGAGGGACGUAUCAGCAAGCUCCGCAAAUCAGUGUCGGACCCAGUGCGGCUGAGGACCCUCACCGGGGACUGGUUCUGUGACGCCCGUGCCCAGCGCCACCGGCACCACCUGGGCUCCGACCUCGUCCGCGCCUCCAUCCGCCGCAGGAGGCGGCCCCGGGGAACAGGGAACCUGGAGCGUGGCCCCAGCCUGGGUGAGCUGGAGGCCAUUGGCGAGCUGCUGGCCGAGGAGAAGGAGGAUGAGGAUGGUGUGGUGGAGCCGGAGGAGAGCCCCCCUACGGAGGAGGCGCAGGCGGCUGCAGAGCCCCAGCCCAGCCCCACAGCCCCGGCUCUGGAGAGGAUGCUGGUGUCACAGCCCCCGCAGCAGGGUGACAUCCUGGCAAGGGAGCAGGAUGUCCUGGCCCAGCCAGGUGGCACAGCAGGUGGGAACCCCUUCAGCACGUCCAGCGCUGAGGACAACGAGGAGGAGCCCGACUCCGCGCACAGUGGCCCCGAUGCUGGGCAGGGGCCGGGGACCCCCCAGCCGGAUCAGGCAUCCCUGGGCCGGGUGUCCCCACAGAACGGCCACGUGCCCCCACGCAGCCUGCUGACCACCAGCUCCUCCGUGUCCAGCCUCAGCUCCUCCACGCUGAGUGGCAGCCUGAUGAGCCUGUACAGCGAGGGCGAGCUGGGCAGCGUGGCCGUGCGGGGCUGCGUCCAGUUCUCCCUCCGCUACGACCCGGCCAAGAAGGAGCUGCAGGUCCAUGUGCUGCGGUGCCGCGAGCUGGCCGAGGCCAAGAAGCAGCGGUCGGACCCGUACAUCAAGACGUACCUGCUGCCGGAUAAGUCCAACCGCAGCAAACGCAAGACGACGGUGCGGAAGAGGAGCUUGGAUCCCAUCUUCAAUGAGACCCUCAAGUACAAGCUGGAGAAGAGGGACCUGCUGGGCCGGACCCUGAACCUCUCGGUGUGGCACCACGACAGCCUGGGCAGGAACCUCUUCCUGGGGGAGGUGGAGAUCGCACUGGGCACCUGGGACUGGGCCAACACACGCCCCGAGUGGUUCAACCUCCAGCCCCGGACACCCAUUUCCUCAGACGGUCUCACCAGCCGAGGCAACCUCAACUUGGCACUGAAGUUCAUCCCUGUCGGCUCAGAAGGCGGGGGGCUGCCACCCACGGGCGAGCUGCACAUCUGGGUGAAGGAUGCUCAGAGCCUCAUCCCCCUGCAGAGCGGCACCGUGGACGCCUUCGUGCAGUGCUACGUGCUACCGGACGACAGCAAGGCGAGCCGGCAGAAGACACGGGUGGUGAAGCGGAGCCUCAACCCCCUCUUUAACCACACCAUGGUGUACGACGGCUUCCAGGCCAAGGACCUGGCCGAGGCGUGCGCUGAGUUCACCCUCUGGCACCACGAAGCCUUUUCCAAGCGCCAGCUGGGCGGCAUCCGGCUCAGCCUGGGCACAGGGAGCAGCUACGGGCUGCCGGUGGGCUGGAUGGACUCGACGGCAGAGGAGCGGGAGGUGUGGGGGCGCCUGCUCCAGCAGCCCGGGCAGUGGGUGGAAGCACUGCUGCCCCUGCGGACCAACCUGGUCCCUCGGGCGUAGCCCCCAGCCCCGCCCCCCAUGGACCACCCUGUGCCAGUGGGACUGCGGGAGCCGGGCAGGGACAGAGCUGCACCCGGAGCAUCACUGUGUGGGGCUGGGGUCUGUGCCCCCCCCCCCUUCCAGCAGCAAUGAA